AAAAAAAAAUCAGUGUAAAAAUUAUUUUCUUGUUAUUUUGUGCAUAACAAAUUAAAUUAUUUAAUCCAAUCAAGCCGAUAAUUGCAAAACGCAUAAGCGUUUCCAUAAAAAAUUAAUCUAAUUGUAAAGAUAUUAAUGAGAGAAUUAAAUAAAUAAGCGAAAAAAUUACGACUGAUUGCAAUAAAUUGACGGUGAAAUUUUUGUCUACUAACAUCAACAAUGGAGGCAGUUCCACGACUGCAUAUGCUGUCUUUUCCCAAUAAAUCCAGUCCGGAAGGUACUUCUUUUGCUGGCUUAAAGAAAUACAUUGCCGAAUUUUAUCAGGAGAAUCCCGACAAUUAUUCCAAAGAACUUUAUGCUUUAGAAACUUUACGCAAUCAAGCUUUAAAUACACCCAAGGAUAAUUGUGCCAUUCUCAAGCGUUACUUUUGCCAGCUGGAAUCAUUGCUCAAUCGUUUUCCCAAGUUGCGGGACAAGAAAGUCAUCUUCCAAUUCACCUGGAAAGAUUUAUACAACAGCAAGGUACAGGAAUAUAAUGAUAUCGGCUAUGAACAGGCGGCUGUUUUGUACAAUGUUGCAGCAGCUCAUACACAAGCCGGUGCUGCAGUUAAUCGCACCGACAUAGAGGGCAUGAAGUUGGCUUGUACUCAUUUCCAGUGUGCCGCCUGGGCUUUUGGGGAGAUACGCGAACGUUAUAUUAAUAUGGAUGAGUUUGGUGACUGUUUUACUACCGAACUGUUGGUGUUUAUGCAACAAGUCUCCUUUGCCCAGGCUCAGGAAUGUAUAUUGGAGAAAUCGUUGAUUGAUAAUCGUAAACCAAAUAUUGUGGCUAAAGUAACAGCUCAAAUAGUGGUGUACUAUGGCGCUGCCUUGGCUGCUUUACUCACGGGCGGAGAUGAUGGCCCGGUGGCUCAUGUUGUUGAUUCUGCUGUUUACAAGCAGUGGAAGAAAUAUGUUCGCUUCAAGAUUUCCUAUUUGAGUUCAAUUUUGUAUUUGUAUCAAGGCCAGCAUGCUGAGGAGCAGAGGAAAAUGGGUGAAAGGGUUACAUUAUAUGAGGCCGCUGGUGAAAAACUCGAAGAAGCUCGCAAAGAAUCCAAAGGUCUACCCGAUAUAAAAGAGAUCAAUGAAUCGCUCAUAUUCACCGCCGAUGUGGUUGAGGCAAAACGUAAAAAUGCUAAAAAUGAAAAUGAGUUCAUCUACCAUGAAUCUGUACCCGAAUUAGCCACCAUAAGUGCUGUUCAAGGUGCAAAUCUUGUGAAUGGCAUCGGCUUUUCUGCCACAGAUCCCGAUGUAGCUGGUGAGGAUAUAUUUGCUCGUCUAGUGCCGAUGAAGGCCCACGAGGCUAGUUCUAUGUACAGCGAAGAAAAAGCUAAGUUAUUGAGGAAAUAUGGCGGUAAAAUUGAAGAUAAAGAUGGAGAAUUGGCCAGUUUCAUGAGUUCUCUAACACUUGAUAAUCUUAAUAUCAACGAAGAGAAGGCCAAUAAAAUACCCCAGGGUAUUGUGGAUAGAUGUGCAGCCUUGAAUGCCAAUAAAACCGCCAUACCCGAACUCAUACAAUCCAUGUCACGUUUAGCUGAAGUUUGUGGUGAUGUAGAGGCACACCUUAGUGAGAUUUCGAUGAUUUUACAGCAAGAGGAAAAAGAAGAAAAGGAAUUUCAACAGUUGACCGGAGUGCAACGCACCCCAAAUGCUCAUAUUACCGAAUUAACCAGAGAAUUCCAGAAAUACACUGAGGCCCACAAUAGGGCGGGCGAAUCGAAUGACACUUUACGCAAAGCCAUGGAGUUGCACAUUAACAAUUUGAAAAUCUUGGCCAAACCUUUGCAAGAUAUACAACAAUCUGUGCCCAAAUUAAGUUCAGAACUCAAUACCGCCGAAGUUUUCAAAGAUGUGAAACUAAUUGUUAAUAAAGUUAAUGAAAUGAAGGCCCAACGUUCACAAUUUCAUGCUGAUUUGCGUAUAGCUGUCAAUGAUGAUGACAUCACCAGUAAAAUUAUAGCCCACGAUUGUGAGGAAGAUUUGCAGUCUUUGUUUGAUCGUGAAAUGGCCAAACAUGAACGUUUAACCCAGUUGAUAGAUCAAAAUCUCUUGGCUCAGGAGAAUAUUUUAAAGGCUUUAACUGAAUCGUAUGCCAAGGCAGCUCCGGUUCUGAAGACUUUGGCAGAUGUUAAAAAUAAACGUGAAGGUUUCUUUGCCUCUUUGGCGGCCUCGUAUGAUGUCUACGAAGAUUUGUUGGCCAAAUCGGUCAAGGGUUUGGAGUUUUAUAAUAAAUUAUCGGCCAAUGUGCAAAAACUAUUAUCACGCUGCAAAUCUGCCAGAGAUGUCCAGUCCGAAGAACGCCAGCAACGUUUGAAAAGUGUUACUCACAAACCCUAUCCAUCACCCAUACCCACCUCCCAAUUAUCCACAGAUUCCUAUCAGCUUAACAAUACAACACCCUUAAGCAAUCCCUCCACCACCUCCAGUACACCAAAAUUACGUGACUACAUGAAUGCCAAGAAGGCAGCUAAAGAGAAAAUUAAUUCCACAAUGCCGGCUAAUGCAAAUAAUGCCUACAAUGCUGGAAAUCCUCAGCAAUACAUACCGCCAGUUAGACCCAAUCCUUUGGGUUCGGAAAAUCCUACACAGGCUGUAUGUUCAGGUGGCAGUUCUUACUAUCCGCCAACAAGUGGUACCAUGCCACCUACAGUGGGACCAAAUGAGCCACCACCACCUUAUACACAAUACUACGAUGCAACUGGAGCUGGUUAUUCUAAUCCCAUGUUUUUGCAAUACCAACAAAAUAUAGCACCACCGGCUUAUAAACCACAGGCCUCUCCGAAUUCACAAUUUACAUCAUUAAAUGCCAAUAUGACAAAUUUGACUAUGCAACAGCAGCAACAAAUUCUGGAAGCUAAUAAUACGGCCAAUCAAAUGUCAUCUACUGGAAAUUACCAACAAAUGUCAUACAAUUCUUUGGGUAAUAAUCCACAAAAUCCUCUUGUCUAUCAGGGUCACAAUCAAAAUUAUCUAACAAAUCAACCAAGUUAUAUGACCAACCAGCAAACUUACCUAAAUCAAAGCAAUAACACCACACACUCGGUAUAUACAUCUAGCGCCUCUCCCGCUCCUAAUAUGACCAACAAUUCUUUAUAUUCUUCACAAUCAACGGUUUCAAAUACUUCUCAAAUGUAUAAUACACCAGCUGUUGUAACUACAGCUGCCACUACCUAUACACCCCAACCAUAUUUCUAUGGUACUAAUACAGCAGCAGCAAGCAAUAAUUUGAACUCGAAUUAUCAACAAAGCCCUCAGCAAAAUAACUAUCAAUCACCCCCCACAAAUGUACCUACAAAUCAACCUUUAUAUGUGGCCACCAAUCAAACGGGUUUGCCUACAUCCAACACACUUUUGCAAUCAUCGGGGGCCAGUGUACCUCCUACAAUGCAGGCUCCAUUUGUGGUUAAUAAUUUACAAGCAACACAAACACCACCAGCUCCACCACAAACAAACCUACAACAAACCACACCACAAUCUCAAAAUCCUUUACAAGUUGUAGGCAAUACACCAACAGUUUAUCCGGCUGUAGCACCAGCUACAGCUGCUCUAACUUCGAACGUUGUUAGUACUACCACUACUACGGCCUCAUUUGGCUCAUCAGCAUCACAUUCUACCAUGCAUCCCGGUUACAGUUAUAAUCCUCAAACGGGCAAUUUUAAUUAUAAUAGUGGCUAUCAGCAGGCUAAUCCGGCAAAUCAACAGUUUUAUGGUCAAUACACUACGGGAGCAGCUGCUACGAACACACAAGUUGGAACUACCGACUCGCAGAGUGCUGGCAAAAUGAAUGUGGCUACUGGAUUUGAUUCACCCAUAGUAUCACACACCAAACCGACACCAGUAGCCACAGCAAAUGCUGAAUCAAAACCAUCAACCGCCCCAGCCGACAGCACGAAUUAUUAUAAUGCUCCUUAUGGUUAUCAAACUAAUGGUGCAACACCACCAAUAGCACCCACACAAACCAAUCCACCCCCUGCAAGUGUUGCGCGUCCAGCUACACCCCAACAGACUGUUUACCAGCAACCUCAAACAAAUAUUUAUAUGCAGAGUGGUACUGGCACCACAGCCAGUACACAAACUACCAAAAGUGGUAAUACCUAUGCCACCAGCAGUCAACAGUCCCCAAUGAUUCCAGCAAACCAACAAGAACAACAAACCCCAAAAGCUUCAGAAGCAAAACCAACAACUGCAGCCCCUAAGCCAGUGAUUAAUACUAAGAAAUCUUCAAAUAUUGAUCUGUUAAGUGACAUAGAUUUCUCGGGAGUAGCAGCAGUGCCACCACCAAUAUUACCACAACCAGUGUUAAAACCUCAGGUGGUUAGUAGUCCACCAGCCAGUCAAGUGGCUGAGCCCCUGACUCCCAAGAAAAUAGAACAAAAAGAACCAGAACAAAAUCUACAUAAAGAUGAUAAAAUCAAACAAGUAGAGGAUUAUGUAAACUCCACUGUGGAUACACAGCUCUCGCCCUUAGCCGGCACUUCUCCUGCAGUACCUUUACAGCAACUCACUUCUCCCGUAGAUUCACCAGCCGUCCGUAAAUCCAGCUAUGACAAUUUAUCCAAUUGUUCAGACCUCUCUUCUUUGGACAACUUCGAUUGGGAUUCCGUGUCCAUGCGCAGCGAAAAACCUACAAACACUGAACAAAAACAUUCCGGUUCUACAUUCCAACUAAAACCCAUAGAUCCAUUUAGCGAAGACAAAACCCUCAAAUAUUUCCAUAAGGAAGUGGAACGUUUUGAAAAAUUCAUUGAGUCUUUAAAUGUUAAAAUGCUUAAUGGUCAUACACCAUUAUCUACCAAAUGGAAAGAAUUGCAAGAUCUUUUGGCUAAAGAGGCCCCCUCACGGACCACCGCCAUAGCGAAAUUAUUCCCCGAGAAAAAUAGAUCAUUAGAUUGUUUGCCGUAUGAUCAUGCCCGGGUUAAAUUGGAUAAAGAAACUGAUGAUUAUAUAAAUGCAGCAUUUGUUAAGAAUUUGGGUACUGGCUGUCCAAAUUUCAUUAUUUCCCAAACGCCUCAACAGAAUACGAUUAACGAUUUUUGGUGCAUGAUUUGGUCACAAAAGGCACUAACUGUACUCUCGCUACAUACACCAAAUGAGAUGCUUGAUCCCUUCUGGCCUCAGUCGGUCGACAAAGAAUCGAACUUUGAUGAUUUCACUGUUAAAUGCAUUAAAGUAAUACAAUUAUCGCACUGCAUAGAAUAUCAAUUAAAGCUUUCCAUGUUGGGCGCCGAUCCCAUCAUUGAAUUGUCAGUACUGCAAAUUAAAACAUGGACUAAAAGCACUCCUCCCUUAGUAGUGGGUAUAGCACGCAAUGCUUUACAGGCUCAUCAACAACGUUGUCUAGAUUUCAAUACACCAUCUUCACCACUGGUUUUGAAUUGUUUAACCGGUUCUGAACGAUCGGAAAUAGUGGCCAUUGGCAUAACUGCCAUAUUGUCUACACAAUAUAAACGACCAGUUUUAAUAAAUGUCAUAGAUGUUUGGUUGCGCAUUUGCAGUCAACGUCAAAAGGCCUUGCGUGAUGUGGAAACUUUGGAGCAAUCUUUACAAAUUGUUUUAAAUCAUGCUCAUGAUGUUUUAAAUAAAAGAGGCAUUAUGACUUCGUAUCAAAUGAAAAUUGCACCCCAAGUAACCGCCCAAGAAAAACAGGCCACCAAAGAUCCUCUCAACGAACUGGAUGCUUUAUGGAAAUUAAAAUGAUAAAAACCAUACCAUAAAUCAGCAACGACAAAUUUAAGGAUCUAUUUUAUACACAUACAUACAUAAAUAUUCCACUAUAUGUAGAGGACUGAAAAAAAUUAUGACUAAUUUUUAUUUAUAAAACAAACAAAAUCAUUUUUUUUUAAAUAUGGCCUUUAAAAAAGGUUUUCUUUUCGUGUUUUUUCGCUUUUAAACUAAUUCAAUUGUUAUUUCUAUCAUCUAUUUAAUCUUCGUAUGCAUAUUAUAAUACAUAAGUUCAAAUUUCGAAAUUUGUUAAACAAAAACAAGUAUUACAAACAAAAACUUUACUAACAUUUGAUCAAAAUCUUAUUUAUUUAACCAGAAGAAUCUAAAUAAAUUAUUUAAAUUAAAACAAAUGCAAAUAUUGAAUAUUUGAAAAAAAUAAACGAUUAUUUAUAGUAAAUAUCUAAUAUUUAAUAUAACACAAUACAAAACAUAACAUAAAUAACUAAAUACUUGCUACACACAUUUAUUAUUGGACAAGCACAUACAACAUACACGCAUACAUACAAACAUAAAUAAAAAUAAAUAAAUAAAAAUAUUAUUGAAAAUAUUAAAAAAAUAAA